AGAACGUUGCUUGUGAAUAUCCUCAUGUCUUAUCCACAAUAAAACUAUCGUCAUACCAGCAGAGCACACCCCUAUAUUUCUAAAUUUAUCUACAACAUAAUCAAACUUCAAGUGCCAGUGUCCAAACGUUCGCGAUGGUGAAAGCACGCAAGUACAUCGUAAAGCAACCAUUCGUGGGCCUCCCCAAACGUGAAGACUUCGAAAUAGUAGAACACCAGUUGCCACCCAUAAAAAAUGGCGAGAUCCUAGUCAAAGUCGAAUGGGUAAGCGUUGAUCCUUAUAUGAGAGCGUAUAACGGUCGUUUUCCAACGCCUUACGACCAGUUCGGUUUCAAUGUGGGCACCGUGCAAGACUCGAAAGAUCCCAGAUACCCUGUGGGGAGGAAAGUGGUUACGCACAAGGGCUGGUGUGAUUAUACAAUAGCGAACGCUUCGUCGGAAACUGAUAGAGUUUAUAAGCUGCCGGAUUUGAAAGGCCUGAAUGAGUCUUUGGCCGUGGGAGCCGUGGGUAUGCCCGGUGCGACCGCCUAUUUCGGAUUGUUAGAGAUAUGCAAGCCUAAGGCGGGAGAGACGGUGGUUGUUACUGGAGCGGCGGGUGCGGUUGGAACUGUUGUAGGACAAAUUGCGAAGAUAAAAGGUUGCACAGUGAUCGGUUUCGCGGGUACAGACGAGAAAUGCCAGUGGCUCCAAUCGCUGGGUUUCGACAAAGCGUUCAACUACAAAACAGUAGACGCGAGCAAGGUACUAAAGGAAGCGGCACCUAGCGGCAUCGAUUGUUACUUCGACAACGUGGGCGGGGAACUGAGCAGCAUUAUCAUAAGUCAGAUGAACGUACGCGGACGGGUAGCUGUAUGCGGAAGUAUAAGCGCUUAUAACGAUACCUCUCUACCAGAGGCUACUAUACUGCAGACAUAUUUAGUGUUCAAACAGCUGAAAAUUGAAGGAUUCAUAGUAGAUAGAUGGUUGGGACAGUGGAACGUCGCGUUCGCGGAUAUAAUAGGUUGGAUCAAGUCCGGCAAAAUGAAGACUCAAGAGCACGUUACUGAAGGUUUCGAUAAUAUAUACGAUGCGUUCGUCGGCAUGCUGCAGGGCGAAAAUACAGGGAAAGCAGUUGUCAAAAUCUGACUAUAGCACGAACGUCCUUUUUUAAUAAUUUUAUUUAUUUGUAAAUUAAAAAUUCAACAGUUGAGACGUUUUUA